AUGUCACCCAAAAGAACCAAGAGGGAUGUGGCCCAAACACCGAAGUUGAGGAAGCCCUUGAAGGCCCAGGUGCCAAAAGAGGCUAAACCCACUCACCAUGGAAACAGGCGCAAAGGCACCACUGUGCCCCGGAAGACCUUCAUAGGGGAGACACCCAGUGUCUGUGUUGAAUGUGGGAAAAGCUUCCGAAGGAGCUCAGAGCUGGCCUGCCACCAAGGAGCCCACAAGAAAGAGAAGGCGUAUCAGUGCCUCCAGUGUGGGAGAAGCUUCUGCAGGAGCUCCACUUUCAGGAGACACCAGCAACUGCACGUGGACAACGAGCCCUGUGUGUGCACAGACUGCGGAGAAGGUUUUCCUGACAGCUUGGCUUUGGCACAGCACCAGCAGACCCAGGUGGACUUCCAGCCUUGCCAGUGCAUCGACUGUGGGAAAACAUUCAGCCUGGGUUCCCAUCCCCAUCACCGCCCCAAGACCCCGCUGGAAAAGCAGCAAUCCAGGAGUAGUCGGUAUGACAAGGCUGGCUGUGGUUCAAGGGCUGGCAGGGAAAGCAAAGGUGAGAAGGCUCCACAAAAAUGUGCUGUGGAGACCCCCAACACCUGUGAGGAGUGCUGGCAGAGCUUCAGCCAGAACUCGGACCUGGUCAAACACAUGCGCAUCCACACGGGCGAAAAGCCCUAUGCGUGCAACCAUUGUGGGAAGUGCUUCAACGUCAGCUCCAACCUCAUCCGGCACAAGAGGAUCCACACGGGGGAGAAACCCUACACCUGCUCCGUCUGUGAGAAGAGCUUCACCGACAAAUCCACCCUCACGCAGCAUAACCGCAUCCACACGGGAGAGAAACCUUAUACCUGUAGUUACUGUGGGAAGAGCUUCAGCCGGAGUUCUCAUCACAAGAGGCACCAGCGGAUUCACGUGGAAGAGAACCCCAUCUCUUUCCUACCUCUGUGGCGUUAUCCAACCCAAGCGUGUUAA